AUGUACGUCCGCCGCCUGCCCGUCGCGCUGGCCUCUGGUCUCCUCCUCGGAUACGGCGCCUGGCAGUACAACAGCGCCGACUCCGUGCCCGGGGCCGCCGUCACCCACAGCUUCACCACCACCCGCGGGGCGGCCGAUGCCGCGCCGACGCGCACCGUCUUGGUUGUUGGAGCCGACGAGCUGAGGCAGGGCACCAUCGUCGGCGAGGGGCCGCUGUACAAGGCAUCGACCGAGGACGGCCACCGCAUCGUCGAGAUGCUCACGCCCGAACAGGCCACCGCCAAGCUGCGUCGCCAGGAGCAGUCCUUUUACGUCAACCGCGGCCAGGGCGUCACGCGCUACGACCUGGUCCAGCUGGGGAGCAAUGAUCCCAUCGAAGACGACCACGCAGAGAAGAUUGUCGAAGUGCCCGUCCGGACGCCCCCCACCGACCCCGAGGGGGAAGAAGUUGUCACUACCAGCGACUGGAUGUUUUGGGGUGUUUUCGAUGGUCACUCCGGCUGGACGACGUCUGCGACAUUGCGAGAAAGCCUCAUUAGCUACGUGGCUCGAGAACUAAACAGCACCUACAAGGCCUCCUCCACCGAGAUGCCGCCCCCCGAAGCCAUUGACUCCGCCAUCAAGGCUGGCUUCACCCGCCUCGACGACGAAAUCGUCCAUAAGAGCGUCGAAAAGGUCUUCAAGGCAAGCUCAAAGGCUGUCGCCGCCGAGCUCCUGCAGCCCGCCCUGUCUGGCUCUUGCGCACUUCUCUCUUUCUACGACAGCAGGAGCGAGUUGCUGCGCGUGGCAUGCACCGGUGACUCUCGCGCCGUCUUGGGCCGUCGGUCAAAGUCUGGAAAAUGGACAGCCACGGCUCUUUCCGAGGACCAGACAGGAGGCAACCCUAGCGAAGUCGCCCGCAUGCGAAUGGAGCACCCCGGUGAGGAGCACGUUAUCCGCAACGGUCGCGUUUUGGGGGGUCUGGAGCCAACCCGUGCCUUUGGCGAUGCCGUUUACAAAUGGAGCCGUGAAGUCGCCGGAAGACUGCGCGAAAACUUCUUUGGCCGGAGCCCUUCCCCCUUGUUGAGGACUCCUCCCUACGUUACGGCAGAGCCUGUUGUUACAACAACCAAGAUUGAGCCCGAGAAUGGCGACUUUGUUGUGCUUGCCACCGACGGACUGUGGGAGAUGCUGACGAACGAGGAGGUCGUUGGCCUUGUCGGCCAGUGGAUCGAGACGCAGAAGACGGGCAAGCCAAGCUCGCAGUUUGACAAGGCCUGGUCCAAGGUCUUUGGCUCACAGAGCAAGCCGCUCCCGGUGGAGCAGGCCAGAGAAGCGGCUGGCUUCGACGGAAAGACGCCGAUUCGUGUGCAGCAAUGGGGAAUUGAUCCCGACGCAAGAGACCGGUUUGUCGUAAGAGACAAGAACGUGGCCACUCAUCUCGUCCGCAACGCUCUCGGUGGAGCCAACGACGAGCAGGUCUGCGCUCUCCUAACACUCCCAUCGCCGUUUUCAAGGCGAUAUCGCGAUGAUUUAACAGUUCAGGUCAUUUUCUUUGGCCACGGCGAUAAGACAAGCGACAAGACUGGCGAUGUCACAGUCAACCUAGACGCGACGACAGAUCAAGACCCUAGAGCUAGGCUUUAG